AUGUUAAAGUUGUUCACUAAAGACUAUUGCAGUUAUUACCUGAUACGUUUCAACAAGCAGCCACAGUUCUGUCGCAAAGUGGAAGAGCAGCCCGUUAAGAGACCUCAGACGAGGAGGGCAAGAGCUGAACAUAUAGCAGCGGUGGAGAAGAUAGAACCAGAUCCUGACCUACCAGGCACUUUCACAGUCACCAAGUUAUUGAAGGAAAAUGUUUUAGAUAACUCAGAAGCACUUACUUCAGCAAUAGAAACGAAGCCCUUAACUGGAUUGAUGUCUACAAUGUCCCAGGACAAAAAACAAAUAGUUGAACUGUUAUAUCAGGACAUUAUAAGGCCAACAGGAGUAUCCUGGGAUGAUAUUAUAGGGCUCGAUAGUGCUAAGAGUAUUUUAAUGGAGUCUGUUGUAUUCCCUGUAAGAUAUCCACAGAUAUUUACCGGUCUGCUGGAGCCGUGGCGCGGCGCGCUGCUGCACGGCGCGCCCGGCACCGGCAAGACCAUGCUCGCUCGCGCGGUCGCCGGUCAGAGCGGUUGCACAUUUUUUAACAUAACUUGCAGUACAAUAGUAAACAAAUGGAGAGGAGAAUCGGAGAAAAUUGUAAAGGUUUUAUUCGAAAUGGCGUCUUACUACGCCCCGUCAAUAAUAUUCAUAGACGAAGUAGAGACGCUCGCGUCGGAGCGCGGCGGCGAGCACGAGGCCUCGCGCCGGCUGAAGGCGCAGCUGCUCACCGAGCUGGACGGCAUCGCGCACAGGGACGGCAUUGUGUUCCUACUUGUUAACUCUAAUAUGCCUUGGGAAAUUGAUUCAGCCAUGUUACGGAGGUUAGAGAAGAGGAUAUACAUACCGUUGCCAGAUUUCAAUACGAGGGUUAAACUGUUCGAAACGUUCCUUAGUAAUAAGAACAUUGAGCUGGUACCUAAAGUUAACUUCGAAGAGUUAGCGAUGAAGACUGAGGGAUACUCAGGGAGUGACGUGAAGCUCGUGUGUAAGGAGGCGCUAAUGGCUAACGUCAGGAAAAUGUUGCCAAAUAUGGCGGGGAAAAGUCAGUCAAAUCGUAAGGAGAAGAUUUCACUAUCAGAUAUUCUAACGGCCAUAGAGAAGACCAAACCAGUGUCAAAGAAUUUGGCGAAAAAACACGAAGAUUGGCAAAAGGAGAUGGGAUCUUCA